UGACGUUCAGGCCCCCCCAUCCCAAAGGACAGCCGCCCGGCUGGCUACUCGUCCUCCCCUAGCAUCCUCGUCCUCGCCUAUCUUCCUCUCCUAGCUUCCUCGUCAUGUGCAGCCCGACCUCCCCAUCCAGUUCCAUUUUGAAUCUUAACUGCUUCCUUAUCCUUCUCCUUCCUCAAGAUCUGCCCCGUCUGCUCACGAUAUCCGUCACCGAUCCACUCCCUUUCAGAUCUGAUGGGAGAAAUGAUGGUGGAUAGAGGCCCGGAUAGUUUCAUCGGCAUGCUUCUCAGCAUGUCAGUACCAAUCCAAGAAUCGACUUGGAACUGGGAUCCCACCGCUAUCCCCUCUUCAGAUGAAGACGGAAGCCCAAGCAGUACUCUUUCUAGAUCUAGCUCAGAUACAAUAGCCACGGAAGAGGAUUCACUUCGUGGCAGUUUUCCUAAAGAUGCAGAUUACAACACCGAAUUCAGCUGCGAGCUUGGGCGUAAAGGGACAUGUGUGGGACCAGAUUCGCAAGGUGCCGGGUUUCAGCGAAACAUCACCCCUGAGUCACCAACGUAGGCUCACAGCGUUCUGCCUCCGUUGCCUCGUCUGUGGAAGAAGAGGUUCCGACGGGGAGAAAUACCAGAUUCUAGGGAAGCAAGCUCAGAAAGGAAAAGCACACUAGAGCUUGCUAUGAAUAGGCAGAAGGGCAGAAGUUCUGAUGCUAUAAUAGCACCAGAGAUUGUGAUGGAGUUCGAUUCAUUACAGGAGGCAUAUGACUUUUACAAUAUUUACUCAUGGGAGAUUGGUUUCGGCAUAAGAUACGGGCAGUCAAAGAAGAAUGUUGCAAAGAGCAAAACUGUGCAGGAAAUAACUUGCGGCUGUGAGCCUAAGCAUGUGAACACAAAAUCAGCAUGUUGCGGCUGUCUAGCCAUGAUCCGUCUGCACCGAACUACUGAUAAUGGAUGGUACAUUCAUGAGUUCAGAAAAGAUCACAAUCAUGGUUUGGCAAUGAACCGUGGGGAAAAGAUGCAAUGGCCCUCUCAUAAAAACAUUGACCCGCGCAUAAAGGCCCUUGUUAAGAACCUCAGGGACAAUAAUAUCGGCCUAACUAAGGCGUUCAUUGUAAUUGGGAGCUUUUUUGGAGCAAUGGAGAAUGUCCCGUUCAACAAGCGGUCUCUAAGGACGCUUUGUGCAAACAUCAGCAGGGACCAUUCAGAGGACGAUGUGAAGAAAACAUUUGACUUAUUUUCAGAAUUGAAGAUGAAAGACCCAAACUUUCGUGAUAGCUGCUUAGCAGACAAGGAUGGGAAUAUUAGAGCACUCAUGUGGACAAAUGGAAAGAGUCGUAUGCAGUACAAACAGUUUGGUGACGCUAUAACUUUCGACACAACUUACCGAACAAACCUGUAUGACAUGCCGUUUGGUCUCUUUGUCGGUGUUAACAACAAUUUCCAGAGUAUAAUCCUAGGUGGUGUCCUUCUAACCAAUGAGAGAACAGAGACUUUUGAGUGGGUGUUCAAAGAAUUUGUAUCCCUAAUGGGAGGUAAAGCACCAGUUACCAUUCUGACAGAUCAGUGUCGGGCAAUGGAGCUUGCUAUUGCUGUUGUUCUCCCUGGGACAACCCACAGAUGGUGCAAAUGGCACGUAUUGCGCAAAGCUAAGGAACACAUGGGAUUGUUGUAUUCGAAAGCGUCCGGUUUUCGUGACGAGUUCCACAAGAUUUUAGAGUACAUGAUCACAGUGGAGGAGUUCGAGGCAGCAUGGGCUAUUCUCAUUGCAAAGUACGGCUUCCAAGAUCACCCUUUCUUAACCCAGAUUUAUGAGGUGAGAGAAAUGUGGGCGAAGCCUUACUUUGCAGGAAAUUUUUGCGCUAGGAUGACCAGCACCUAACGUUCAGAGAGCGCAAACCACAUGCUCAAGGGUUUUGUACCGCCAGGUUUAUCAAUGAAUAUGUUUAUCAGGCACUACGAGAAGCUGCAAUUUGACAGGGAUGCGGAGGAGAACUUCCAGGAAAUGCGCUGCCGCGUGGGUGGCGUAGUCCUGAACAGCGGGUUUCCGAUUGAGAUGCAUGCGAGUAAGAUAUACACUCCAAACAUGUUUGAUUUGUUCAAGGUUGAGCUAUUCCAGUCCGGGUCAUAUAUUGUGAAAGAGGUCACUGAUGGUCAUAGGUUUAUAGUGAAACACAUCUUCGCUGAGAAGAGGGAGAAGUGGUCCCGGACAGAGUUUGAGGUUAUAUUUGAUUCCCAGAGAGAGACUUUUAAAUGUGAAUGUGAUAGGUACAAUCACAUGGGAAUGCUUUGUUGUCACGCACUCCAGGUCAUGAUCAGUCUCAGUAUAACCCAAAUCCCAGAAAGUCACAUUAUGAAGAGAUGGACCAGAGAUGCCUACCGAGACAUGCCCGAUCAUCUCAAGAUGUAUCAAAAAGACAACCCUUCUAUGAAAUCCAGGACCUUCCUCCAUUCCGCUCUUUACAGGACUGCAAUUGACAUGGUUCAUAUGGGGGACACUAAUCGAGAGUCAUAUGAGGUAGCAAUGACCCAUAUGUUAAACGCCAUGCCUAUCCUGGCCAAAAUAAGCAAGAUCAAAGAUGGACCCGGGCUGGAAGAGAGAGUCCAUGCAGCGGAUGGACUGAGUUCAGAUCAAGGAGACAUAAACAUCUGCAACAGUCUACGACCAGACAUGGUUGCUCCUCCUAGAAGAAAUUAUUUAGAUCGCCCAACAACAGCAAGAACCAAACCUGGUCGGCAGGUUAGUGUGCCUAGGACAAAAUUCUGCACCAUAUGCCAUAAUAGGGGUCAUAGGGCGCCAGGUUGCCCAGCGAACUUUGACAAUGCAAAAAAGCCCCGCCGUGAGGCGCAUUGCUCCAAUUGUGGUCUUGCUGGGCACAAAAACAACAAUUGUUUCACUAUAAACCAAUAGCAGAUGAGUUAUCGAUGUGAGAGAAACAUUCUUCCGACUUUUUGGAAACCAAUGGUCAAUUGUGCCUAGUCAUAUCGUAGGGAAAUGCUAUUGGCUUCUUAAGUGGGGCAUUUUUGUCGAACAGGCUAAAAAAUGUAUGAUGGGCAUUAACAACA